GUGCAGUGUUCCUUGACGAUGCUGGCCAUGGACAAGACCGCGGGGGCGACCAAGUGGAACCAUCCACAUUCCCUGGAGGGGGAGAAUACUGUUCCACUGUUUGAACGGGAACGGCGGCAAGACACGCAGCUCGUUCAGCGUUUGCAAGCGGAACUGACCGAGACAAAGCGUCAACUGGAAACGCAAACGAGGCGACAGAACGACUUGGAGUACGUGAACGAAGAUUUGGAGCGCCGGCUCGAGUAUGAAGCCCGCGAACGCAUCAACUUGGAUGCUAUGAAAGCCGAAGACGAGAAGCGGUGGAUGCAGGAGCGAUUGCAACUGGAAGAGGAGCGCAAGGUAUGGGAGCGCAAGUGGGAUGACGAGUGCAAGCGAAAAGCUAUCGUCGAAGAGCGUUUGCGCCGCGCCGAGAAGGAGCUGUAUCGGAUGCACCAAAAAAAGUACGACAUUGAAAAAGCCGUGCGUCGCGAGGAGAGCGAAAAGCGAAAGCACGAAGUAUAUAUCGUUCGCUCGAUUGAAAAAGACAACAGUAACCUGUACCGCCCACGCCAGCCAUCGAUGCCUCCCGGUACGUCCACCGCCGCGCCACCCCAUGCCGCGAGCUCGACCUAUUUAUCCAUGCCACUUUCGUCGUCCUCUGGUGCAUCGAUGCUCAAUCCGAGGGAUUCCAAGCCUGCUGCUGUUCGACAACGUCUAGCUUUGAGCUCCGCCAUGGACUUUUUCGGCUUGUAACCACCAUCAAUGUAUCAUGAGUCUCCUUGUCGGCGAUUGUCUUCGUGGGGAUCUCCAGCCGCCAACGAACUGCAAACCCAGUGGCAGC